AUGCCCAAAGAGAUCAAAUCACUUGUCGCCUGUUCUCAAGAUGUUCUCGCCCGCCAUUUGGAUUUUCUCGACGACGUUGGAAGGGCUCCGUACAGCUUGUUAAGGGAAGCCCUUUGCAAAGCAACACCACAGCAACUCGAUCGUAUCGAGCGAAUCAAUCCACAUCUGAUCCCAGAAUCAAUUGAGCUGUGGUUACCGCAUUGCUUAUCAUUUUCCGAUAUCCGAGAAGCUUAUAACCAAGAUGUUUACCCUGAAUUCACUGAUUGGAGGCAACUUUACCAUGAACGCGUGCAAGAAAGUGAACGACGUCGACAAAUGGCCAGGGCAAAGAUGAAAAAGGAAUACAACAAGAUCCAAUCUGAAAAGGCAGCCAAAUCCAUCAAGGUCUUGUCGGGUGUAGUACCUAUACAAGGUCGUAAAACUACCACUUACGAAGCUGCAAAGCGAUCUACAACCAGUAAACUAUUCCGAGAAACUCGCAAAGCGGCUGAAAGAACGCAUGCCAUCUAUAAAUCCAAACCAUCUCCAUCAACGGUUGCCAACCAACGACCCCAAAGACUUUCUAUGCAAACAACUACAACAUCAUCUAAUCAACGACCUGGAUCGGCGUUGACACGCGCAUACAAUUCACUCUAUGAGCAACAACAUAUGCCACCUCGUUCACCCAUAUACCGCCCGCUUGUACAGCCACCCUCUCGAAUAUCAUCAUCAUCAUCACCAACAGCAAAGAAUACACCUUCACCCUCCCCUUCCUCGUCAGAAUGCAUACCAACUAGCAAAAAACCUCGUUUGAAUGAUCGCCAUCAUCAUCAUCAUCAUCACCUGACAACAACGAGCAGGUCGCCAAGGCCAAACUUUUCACCCAAUCGAAGCCAAUCCGAAUCUGCUAGUAGCCAUAAUGCCUCGACUGCUAAGCGACCCGUAGCGAUCGUUAACUUUGACAUUUUCAAGCAAGUGAGUGAAGAAGGUUUUAAUCCAUAUCAUCAUGGCUGA